GCUAGAUACAUGGGCUCAGGGACCACAUGUGGCCUGUGGGCCAUAGUUUGGGAACUUCUGCUCUAAGGUCUUCUAAGUACAGAUCCAAACUUGAAAAGUAGAGGACAAGUUGUGAAUUUCCCAGCUCAAUGGAGGAUCAGGGAGACACAGUAGUCCCUGGUGAUAUGUUACAGACUAGAAGAUGCCCCUUCUUUCUUCCAUAAUCUCAAUAUGUAAAACUUCUCUUUCCUUCAGAUGGCCCAGAUAUUGCCACGAUUGCCCAUUCAGUAGAUGAGUACCCUAUUGGAGCAAAUAUUACCUUGAGCUGUUCUGCUGUUUCUAAUCCACCAGUCCAAUUCACUUGGUUGCACAAUGGACAACCAGUCAGCAACUCAGCCACAUUUUCAUUUAUUGCAUCCAUGACUCUUUCUGGAACUUAUACCUGUAAUGCAGCCAACUCAUUGACUGGCUUGACACACUCCGCAACCAAGAAUGUUAUAAUCUAUGCGCCACUGUCCAAACCUACCAUUGUCACCUCCAACAUUACUGCAGUGGAGACCAAGGACUUCUCAUUCACAUGCCAGGCUACAGGUCAAAUUCACACUUACCGGUGGUUCAUAAAUGGACUUGCCCCAUCUGGUAGCAGGAUACAGCUGUCCCCGGAUAAGAGGACACUCACUAUCCGCAAUCUCAUAAGAACGGAAAACAAAGGACCCUAUGAGUGUGAAAUCCAGAACCCAUUUUAUAGCAAUAGGAGUGAUCCAUUCACACUGGACGUUGCCUAUGGACCAGAUACUGCCACGAUUGUCCGUACAGUUGAUGAGUACCCUAUUGGGGCAAAUAUUACCUUGAGCUGUUCUUCUAAAUCAAACCCACCAGUCCAAUUCACUUGGUUACACAAUGGGCAACCUGUCAGCAACUCUGCCACAUUUUCUUUUACUGCAUCCCUGAGUCUUGCUGGAACUUAUACCUGUAGUGCGGCCAACUCAUUCACUGGUUUGAUGCGCACCGCAACCAAGAAUGUUAUAAUCUAUGCGCCUCUGUCCACACCUAUCAUUGUCACCUCCAACAAUACUGCAGUGGAGACCAAGGACUUCUCAUUCACAUGCCAGGCUACAGGUCAAAUUCACACUUACAGGUGGUUCAUAAACGGACUUGCCCCAGCUGGUAGCAGGAUACAACUGUCCCCGGAUAAGAGCACACUCACUAUCCGCAGGCUCACAAGAAGGGAAAACAAAGGACCCUAUGUGUGUGAAAUCAAGAACCCAUUUUAUAGCAAUAGGAGUGAUCCAUUCACACUGGACGUUACCUAUGGCCCAGAUACCGCCACGAUUGUCCGUACAGUUGACGAGUACCCUAUUGGGGCAAAUAUUACCUUGAGCUGUUCUGCUACAUCAAACCCACCAGUCCAAUUCACUUGGUUACAGAAUGGACAACCUGUCAGCAACUCAGCCACAUUUUCUUUUAUUGCAUCCCUGAGUCUUGCUGGAACUUAUACCUGUAGUGCGGCCAACUCAUUCACUGGUUUGACGCGCACCGCAACCAAGAAUGUUAUAAUCUAUGCGCCACUGUCCAAACCUACCAUCAGCACCUCCAACAUUGCCCCAGUGGAGAACAAGGACUUCUCAAUGACAUGUCAGGCUACGGGUCAAAAUCACACUUACCGGUGGUUCAUAAACAAUCGUGCCCCAUCUGGUAGCAGGCUACAACUGUCCCCGGAUAAGAGGACAUUCACUAUCCGCAGUGUCACAAGAAGGGAAAACAAAGGGCCGUAUGUGUGUGAAAUCAAGAACCCAUUUUAUAGCAAUAGGAGUGAUCCCUUAACACUGAAUGUUACCUAUGGACCAGAUACCCCCGUAAUCGUCCCUACAAUUGAUGCGUACCCUAUUGGGGCAAAUAUUACAUUGCUUUGUUCUGCUGUAUCUAACCCACCAGCCCAAUUUAAUUGGUUAUACAAUGGACAACAGGUCAGCAACUCAGCCACAUUCUCUACUAUAACAUUCCUGAGUCAGUCUGGAACCUAUACCUGUCAUGCAUCUAAUUCAUUCACUGGCUUGCAGGCCACCAAAGACAUGAAUAUUACAAUCUAUGGGCCACUGUCCAGACCUAUCAUCAACAGCCCCAACAGGAUCCCAGUGGAGAACAUUGACACUGUCUCAUUGACCUGCAACGCUACGGGUCAAGUUCGCACUUACCAGUGGUUCAUAAACAAUCGUGCCCCAACUGAUAACAGGAUACAGCUGACCAGAGAUAAGAGGACACUCACUGUAGGCAGUCUCACAAGGGAACAUGAAGGAUCCUAUGUGUGUGAAAUCAAGAACCCAUUUUAUAGCAAUAGGAGUGAUCCAUUCACACUGAAUGUUUACUAUGGGCCAGAUAAUGCCAUAAUUCUACCUAAAGUCGAUAGGUACCUUGUUGGGACAAAUAUUACCCUGAGCUGUUCUGCUAAAUCUAAACCACCUGCCAAAUUCAUUUGGUUUCAUAAAGGAAAAAAAUGGAGGCCCUCAGCGAAACUCUCUCUUACUAAUGUGUCCCUGAAGCAUGCUGGAACCUAUAUCUGUCAGGCAUUUAACUCACAUACUGGCUUGAAUAGCACCAAAGACAAGACUCUUACAAUCUAUGUCGAAGAAAAGAAUUUUACAGACUCUGAAGAAAAGAACGUUAAAAUCAAUGCUGAGUUUACAAUGUAUGAGAACCUGUUGAGUCCCAGCAAAAUCAACAACACUGGUUUUGUCAUAGAGAAUGGCACCGCGAUCUUGACGUGCAACACAGAGGGUUACGAUUUACCAGAUAUUUGGUGGUACUACAAGAAUAAGAGAAUGGUCCUCAAUGACAGGAUGACUCUCUCUAACUUUGACCAGACCCUCACCAUAACGCCUGCAAAGAGAGAAGACAGUGGAGCCUAUCGUUGUGAAAUAUGGGAUCCAUUCCUUGUCUAUAGAAGUCCCUUAUUCAACCUGGUUGUCUGCUAUGGACCAGAGAAAAUCAAGAUUUUUCCAAACUCUGUUAAUGGACAGAUUGAGGUCACAUUAAAGGAGAAUCUGACUUUAGGGUGUCAGGCUACUUCUGAACCACCGGCCCAGUAUACAUGGCAAAUCAAUGGUUCUUCUAUAGCUGUAAAUUCAGGAAAUAAUUACACGAUCUACCGAGCAUCUUGGGAUCAUGCAGGAACAUAUACGUGUAUAGCAAUAAACGACGUGGUAAAUGCAACAAUCUCUAAAAACAUCAGAGUCAGGGUGAUUGAAAAGGAGGCUCAUACACUCUCUGGAGGGGCCAUUAUUGGCCUUGUGAUUGGAUUCCUGGCUGUAGUGGUUCUCAUCGGGGCUCUCGUCUAUUUCCUGUUCAUCAGAACAUCUUCAGGAGAAGACCUUGUUGUACCCCAAUAUUUCUAUCAAUAGCACCAGCAACAUCAUAGACAAUGGCACCGCGGCCUUGACGCACAACACAGAGAAUGAAUAUUUGAAUAUAGCCAGAGAGAAUGCUGGCACCUGAGAAAUGGAUCAUCUUUUUGUAGAGCAACCAGGAGGCCAGUGUUAUCAAAGGGAAUAGUUCACUGGCUGGGCUAUGGGAAAGAAGAUAUUCCAAAAUGAAUGGUAUGAAAGCAAAAGGCAUCAAUAAAAAUAUCAAAAAUUAUUCAAAAAAAAAAAAGAAACUGUCCAGGUGGAGACAUCCAAGUGGAUUCAAGGGACAAGAAGAGCUGAGCACAGAGAUCAGGACUAGAGAUUUUGUUUCAAAGGAGAGAUGCUACAGGGGAUUUUUUCAGGCCAGACUAAGCUGCCUGUCCCUUCUCCCAGUCUUGGCAGCCUGUUCAGAGUAGUUAGCACUGGUAUAAUGAGGGCAGAGGGGCACACUGUGUGCCCCCAUCUAUACAACACCUGCUUUACAUGCACCUUUGUUUCCCCACCUUGGCUAUAGAGCAGAAAUGACAAAUCCAUCUUCUUCUUACCCUUGUAACUUCAUUACUUCCCUUUAAAAACUCACUCCAAGUC